UUCCCACGAGUAAGAUGGAAUCUGGUGAUUUAUUCGAUCCUGCUAUAACAGUGAAAGAAGAGCCUCGGCAUGAGCUUCUCGAUAAUAAUGUUUAUGACAUAAUUGACACGACUCUUGCAGUUCCUCAAAAUGUUAAAUACGAGAAGUCUUGGCAUGAAAAUUCAACCCAGGAGCUUCUUCAGGAAUAUGACGAAAAUCACGAAAAUGAACUCGACGACAUUCAAAUCGAAUUGGAAUGUACCGACACGAAGCCCAAUUUAUUGGCAGUAUCGAAAAUUGAAGAUUUCUCUCCAAAUCAGUUUCAGGAUAGCAAUGAUUACAAAACUGAAAGCAAAAUUAAAUUAGAAACUUUCGGGACAGUGAAAAAAGAAAUUUUUAGUGAAGAAGCCACUGUGAUUAAAGUUGAAUGUGUUUCAAAAAGUAUGAACUGUAAACAUAGUCUCGAAACUCAAAUUGACACUGCGCAUAAUGGAAUCACUCCUGCAAGUCAUCUAAAAAGACACGUCGAUGCAGUCCGCAAAGAUGUCACGCACGCAUGUGAAAUAUGCGGCAAUGUAUUCAAACGAACAGUUGAUCUCAAUAGGCACAUCGAUUCGGUGCAUAACAGUGUCCGCCAUGCAUGUGACAUUUGCGGAAAGACAUACUCAGACAAGAGUAAUCUCAAACGUCACAUCGAUUCGAUGCAUAAUUGUGUCAGUCACGAAUGUAAUAUUUGCGGAAAUGUUAUUAAACAUAAAGGCGAUCUCAAACGUCACAUCGAUUCGGUGCAUAAUCAAGUCCGACAAGCAUGCGAUAAAUGCCCAAAGACAUUCUCAGUCAAAAGUAAUCUCAAAAAACACAUUGACGCAGUACACAAUGAAAUCACCCAAGCAUGUGAUUUUUGUGAAAAAAAAUUUAAAUAUCAAACUCAACUCAAUAGGCAUGUCAAAUCGUCGCAUAAUGACAUCACUUAUAAAUGCAAGAUAUGCGGAAAAACGUUCGGACAGAAACGAAAUCUGAAAGCUCAUAUCGAUGUGGCUCAUUGAGUCACGCAAUCAUACCUAAUAAAUGUAUAUAAUUCAUGUUCAAUUGCGUUAACAAUUUUGAUGUACGAUCCAGUGUAAUUGAUCGAAAGACUAAGUUUAAAAAAUUGUAUCUAUGAUAUGAUGAAAUUCUCUAGAAUUAUGUAAAAGUAAAGAAUGCACUAUUUAUCGAA